AUGAGGCUCUAUGGUGAUAGCAGAGUUGGUUUGGGAGGAAGAAGACCUCUGGCCGUGUUUGUUUCAUCGGAUUGGGCAGGUCAGGACAGGACUGUAUCCCAAUCCGGUGUUUGUUUUGUCCCAAACUCAUCGUCCCAUUCUCCUCUCUCUCGCUGGUGUCUCUCGCUGGUAUCUCUCGCCGAAGCAGGUCCACCAGAUCGUCUCAACAAUCGAAGCAGCUCUUCCCCGGUGAACGUCCAUGGCCUCUUGAGACCUCUGCAUCCCUCUGAGGAAGAAACACAGCCGAUUAGUAUGAUUUCUUCUUCUUCGUGUUCUCUCCAAUGCAAUUGGAGAAUCAGAGAUAUCCAUUAUUAUCUCUCCGAAAACUAUGCAUCUUCAGCACGGUGUUUGGAUGAACUGGUUGAGAUCCUUGAAUGUCGGAAAUCAUUUGGGCGACUAGUUUGGCCAGUCUUCUUGGGAGUGAAGCCUUCUGAAGUAAUAAACCAGACAGGCAAUUUUGAAAAAGCAUUGGCUGAAUAUGAAGGAAGUUCAGAUAGGAAGAAGGAAAAGCUUGCUAAAUGGAAGGAUGCUUUGACCCAAGCUUCCAGUCUAUCUGGGUGGCAUCUAGGUGAUGGAUAUGAAUCUCUACUGAUCCAAAGAAUUGUUGAAGCUGCAGAAGCUGCACUAAGAAAAAUCAAUCGUAGAGUACCUCUACAUGUUGCCAAAUAUCCAGUUGGAAUUGAAGACCGCUUCGUGGAAUCGGAACCCCUAAUCGAUGUUGGAACUGGAAAGAAUGAUGUGAAAUUCAUAGGGAUCUAUGGAAUUGGUGGUGUAGGUAAGACCACAAUUGCCAAAGCUUUAUUCAAUAAAUUUGCUGAUGAAUUUGAAGGCUCCAGCUUCCUCACAAAUGUAAUAGAAACAUCGAAGCAGAAUCUUGGUUUUGUUCAACUACAAGGAAAACUUCUGUUUGACAUGCUGGGGGAUAAAAAUUUGAAGGUUGGCAAUGUCAUAGAGGUAUCAAUAUCAUAAGGCAAAGGCUUUGUUUCAAAAGAGUACUUGUAGUUCUUGAUGAUGUUGAUGAACUAGAUCAGCUGGAGACAUUGGCUGGAGGGCAUGAGUGGUUUGGCUUGGGAAGUAGAAUCAUUAUUACUACUAGAAAUAAGCACUUGCUAACGACUCAUGGAGCUGAUGGAAUAUAUGAGGCACGAGUAUUGGAUCAUUAUAGAGCUGUUGAACUCUUUAGUUGGAAUGGUUUUAAGAGGGAUAAACUUUCAGAAGAUUACCUUACACUCUCAGAACAACAUAUCAUCUUUUGGGUACAGAAAAAGGACAUAUUCUGCUAUAUGAAAAUAAAAUCUUUCCAAAUUGGGGAGGACUUGGAUCAUUUUCUUGCUUAGUAGAAGUUGAUCUUGGUUAUUGUAAGAGUUGUUACUCUUUGCCAUCACUUGGACAGCUACCUUUCUUAAAAAUAUGCUAGUGAUUGGCCGAUCUGUAAAGCAUUGCUGGUUUCAGACUGAUUUUUAAUGGAAACCUUUUUGGUUUUGAAAUUCAGUUUUAGCUCUUCUUGGCCAUUUGAGUGUUCAGGUAAUAUUACCUGCUACCAGACACUUAUAGUUGUUUCGAACUGCUUUUGCAAUUUGAGCUCCUUAAUUUUUCAGUACUAAAACCAUUAACAAGUAACCAUGGUCUAUUGCAGCAUCUCCUGCAUAACCUAUUCAAUUUCAUACCUUUAAGUUUCCAAAGGUGGACUAUUUUAAUUCAUUCUGUUAGUUAUGAAAACCACGUGCAAAUUACAUAAUGAUAAAAAGAUAGUGUAUUUUAUACCAGCUUUAGUCAAAAGAUUACAGUUUUUUUCUGCAGGAAUUUACAGGACGUUAAAAGGUUUUUUGCUGUAUACUAUUUGUCUACUUGCUCGCUGAUUUUGAUAGUAGCUCUCUGGAGGUUGAUCUUUUGCCUCAGAUUUGGCUAGGAGGAGCAUUAUGAUUUUGAUGGAGUCAGUUUUAAGCUUGUUUGCUGUUGCAAUACAUUUGUAAUAUGCGCUAUCGUUUUUACUUUUUAUCUGAUGUACAGGCUGUCAAAGGGUAGGGCAGUUAGUUUUUCUUAAUUAAGUGAGACUCGGAGAAUAAAGAUGUAAUUUUCUUUGGUGGGCUAUAAAUUAUAAAUAGCUGCAUUCUUGUA